GCGCCAUUUUGGAAGCAAACAUUUUAAAUGGCUUGGAGAAAAUACAGAAUAUCGAUGCUGCUUUAACUAUCUAUGUGCAUACGGGACAAGCAUGCUUAUGGAUGACAGCGAAGUUAAUCUUUGAUAACCGAUAGUUUGCUUGAUACUGAUUACAUCCAAAAUGUGGAUCCUAGACUUCAUUUACUCUUUGUUUUGGAACUCUCUGUUGGAUUUUGUUUUCUUCAUUAUUAUCGACGCUUUUGCAAAAAUAACUUUGGGAGAUUCGAGGACUCCAGAUGAAAAGAAGACGAUAUGGUUUGGAGAGUCGGUCAUCCUGGCACUAACAUCGAUCAUCAUCUAUUUCUGCGACCAUACUCCAGUAGUUCUCAUCUGUCUGACUGUCAUCACCUUUCUGUACACACAAUCUAAUGGGAUGGUCAAUGUCAGGAACUGGUACAUCUCACUGAAGACACGAUGGGAAGAGUACCAGCAGCACCAAGACAGUGUUGAGCGAAUGAGGAUUCAUUUGAACAACCAGCAGGCAUAUUUUCGUUCUGAGCAGGUGCGACAAGAAGCUUCGCAGCGUUCAACAACUUACAACAGAAAUGUUCCUGCUUUUCAAAUGCAACAACAGCAGCAUGGAAUGUACCCGGUCAAAAACCUUCAGCAAAGUCGCAUGGGCUUCCCUUCCAAUACACAAGCUAACCUCCCACCUAACCAGAAUUUCCACCCGCAAAACAAUGCUAUGCAUCAAACACAAACCACACCUAGUUUCUGGUCUAAAUUACCUAAAAUGAGACUACCAUUCAAACGUAUCACUGCUCCUACAGAAGUCACCACUAGUUCAAAUGAUGACCAUUAUCAGUUGAGGAAAGAAGAGUACAGUUUUUCUACUGAGGUCCAAUCACAUUCAAGACCUAAUAAGCAAACAACAACGGGAAGAAAUGAUUAUUCUCCUCAGGUAAAACCAUCAUGGUUUGGUGAGAAUUUGGGACGCAGACCUCUACGGCGAGGUGUAACUGGUGGCCUAGAAAGCUGUGUUUCAGAGAGUUCUUCUCUUAAAAAUAGAUUCAUAUCAGCAUUUGGGUUUUCAUCUACACCUGAAAAACCUCCUGGUUUGAGGAACGAGGGACAAAACUUGUGUUUCAUGAACAGUAUAAUACAGUGUUUAGCAAGGACUCCCAACUUGACACAAUUGUUGAGUAUAGAAUCAUCUAAGGAGUCAGAAUGUACUAUGGAAGAGUCGUUACUUUUAACUUCCAUUGUAGAAAUUAUAGAAAAUUGUAAAGUUGAAGGGAGUGCCAAAGUUUUGGAUCCCAUUGCAUUUCGUCAGGCAGCGUCUAGUCUCCCCAACUGUGUAGUGGCCCCGCCCACACAGAGACAGGCACAGCAAGAUGCAGCAGAGUUUUACAUGUGGUUCAUGGACACGCUUCAUUGUCUCCUCAACAAAAACAGGAAGAGUCAUUCCAAUGAAGCAAAAAAUUCCAAAACAAGUGAGAGAUUAAAGACAUUAAAAUUUAUUUAUGGAGACCUCAACCCAGCCAAAUUACAAGACCUCAAGUCAGCUUGUAAGCAGGAGAUUGAUCAAGCACAUGGUUUACAGAACAAUUCUUAUGCAGAGCCAGUACAACGACUGUCCGACUUAGAAUGGCUGACCUACAAAGCUGAUAACAACUCGGUGAUAGACAACUCCUUCACUGGUCAGCUGGUCAUUGGCUACCACUGUCUUACUGACAACCGUAUCACUGUCAAUAUGCAGACUUUCAAUAUCCUGCCAGUGCCUAUUGUGUCCCCACGAGAAGUCUCCGGCCUAGUCAUGCUGGCAGACUGCUUCACUACAUUUUGUAAUGUGGAGCAUCUGACCGGACAAGAUGCUCUGGAUCAUAGCUCUUGGUGUCCUGCUGCCGAGAAAAAUUCUACUCCAGUACGUGGCGUCUUCACCCCUUCUGCCCCGAAAGUGAACGGGAGGAAGAGAGUAUUUUCCAGUGUAGACUCGGCAGUAGGUGGUCUGGGCUCUCCUGUGUCUGGUAAUCCAAUGUCUCCCAUUCCAGGAAAUGGAGAGUUUGUUAAUGAUAGCGGCUUCCAGGACACGCUGUUCAAAACGUCUACUCCUAUCGCAGAUGGCCAGUUUAGCUUCAUACCUCAGCAUCAGAGGUUAAAAGAUGCACAAAGAAGGUGUCUUCUUCGACAGUUACCGGAAUGUCUUGUUAUUCAGCUGAUGAGGUUUAAUUACAAUCCAUUCACAAGACAAUCUGGUAAGGUUCAGGCACCCGUGUCAAUUCCUCUGCGGGAUCUUGAUCUCACACAAAUCAUGUUCGACACUGUCACCAACAGGGAGGACCUGACGGCACCGGAGCACAGUCACAAGUACGACCUGUAUGGAGUUUGUGUCCAUCUGGGCGCGGAUACAACCAACUAUGGCCACUAUAUCAGCUAUUGCCUUCAGUCAGACAACAACACUUGGUACAAGUUUGACGAUGAAGAUGUCACCGAAGUCAACAUGGAGUAUGAACUCACAAUGCGAGAGCUCAGAGAAAAUGCUUACAUACUCUUCUACAAAAAAUCAGCAACAACCCCAGCCCAAUCUUAAGUCAUUGUUUUCAUUUGUGGAUUUUUUUCAUAUAUGUCGCAUAUUUUUAUAGCACUCUGAUCUCAUCUUUUUUAAACAAGUACCAAAUUUGUUGAAAAAAAACUUAAGAAUGUUCCUAGAUUUUACUUGUUAAAUGUAUGUUUUCUGCUGAGGCUAAUGGGUUGGUACAAUGUGUAUUCAGUCAAUGUCCCAAAAUGUUGCUGUCCAUCCCACAACUUACUUUGAUAAUAUAAGACAUUUUUUAUUCUCGUGAAUGUGAAAAGAAAUCUGUAUAGACUUGACAUUUUUAUUCUCAUGAAUGUGAAAAGAAUUAUAACAAUGUCUGAAUUUUACACCUUUCUUUUGUUCUGUUGACAAGUUUAAUGUAUUCUUUUGGAUGUACAUUUUUAAAACAACUGUCAAACACAAGAUUAUUAGCUUUAUAGAGACACAUUUAUAUCAAUUGUCAAAUGGCAUCUUGGAUAUUUUAGUUAUUUUUAUAUGUAGACUAUUUUGUAUUUAUAACACCAUACCAACAGGCCUAUAUCUCUAGGGUUCCAUAUUUGUUGGGAGUAGCUGGACUCGCAUGUGAAGCUGUGGUUUUGAAGUCACCAGUUUGCUGUAAUCCACAUUCAUUACUCACUGUUUGAAUGCUAACUCUAAUACAUUUAAUAUAUGUUUACCAUGUCACCACAUCAAGCCAUAUGAACUUCCUACAUUAUCAUUAUUAUUUCCUCAAAGUGUUAAUUAUUUAUAGAUUGGAUUUUGGUGCACAUGGAUAUUUAACAUAUAUAUACCCAUAGGAUACAUGGUUCAUAAAAUAAAAUGUCAAUCUCCAACAUAAACUUGUUUGUAAUAAUACAAGGUACGUUGAAUUUGUGAGCAACUUCUGUUACUACAUGUAGUAUAUACUGUUUUAAACUAAAAUUUGAUUUUGAAUGAUUUGGAAUAUGGUGACCUUGACAUCCGAGGAAUAACACAUGGUUUCAAACAUUGUCCCAAGUGUGAAAUAAAAGUUAUAUAACUAUUUUUAAUGUUUUAGACGAUUGAAGAUUUGAUGAAGAGUAACUGGGUAUUUAUAUCAGAUCUUUGUGUGUAUUAUUGUAAUCUAAAUUUUGAUUACAUCAAGAAUUAUAGGUGCAGCUAUCCCAGUUUGAUAUUAAUUACAUGAACAAACAUAUUUUUUACAUUUGAGAAGAUACUUAAGUGCUGAAAGCAGUCCCUUUUAGAAAUGCAAUACAUGACCUGGGGUUACACAUAAUGUAUACAGUUUUGUGUAGUGAAAUAUGGUAUCAGGUUUUUUUUUAAACACCAGUUUAUGCCAUUUAAAGUUAUGUUGCUAUGAAGAUGGUAUUGAGCAAACAAAAACUAGAAAAGAGGCUUGUUCAGUAAAAUGUACAUCCAACGGGAGUACUCCAGAGGUACAAAAAAAUCUCUGCAAGUUGUUUGCUGGAGAAAAUGCUGCCUAUCAUAUGGUACUGUUUUUGAUUUUGAAUUAAAUCACUUAUUUGGGUCUCUAUUUGACAAACCUGGAACCCUAAGCAUUUUCAUUGUAAUUCACUCAGUGGUUUCUUUGUGCCAGUGGAUCCGGAUGAGCCAAUUUUAAAAUCCAAGGGUAGCAGAUCUUACCUUGCCAUGUCUAGCAGAUAUAUAAAUACUCCCACAGCUUCUGUUAUCUUUAAAUGAAGAUGUGCAUGAAUGAUAACGUUUAAAGCGAUUUUUGUCCGAUCAUAAGUCAAAGUAUUAUAAUGUCAAGUGCUGAUAUGUCUAGAUUUUGAUUUCAAUAAUGUCAAUAAUGUAACAAUAAAAUGUUCUUGAUACUGGGGAAAUGCUUGAUAGAUUUUAAACAGGGAAACCAUCUUAAGAUAAAAAUGCUUCUCUACACAUAUAUUUUAUAACGUAACAGUAUUAUUGAAUCCCUGUCUUCGGUUGUUAACAUUGUAAGAUAUAGAGUUUUUUUCAUUCAGUGUCCAACUUAAUUUGACAUCAUAAUUAAUUUGUUGUAAAAAAAAUUCAUUUAGCUGAUAAAUUAUUUGUGGAGUUGA